UAAUAAUAAUAAUAAUAAUAUUAUGGUUAAAAAACUGAAUUUUGAACGGAGAGAAAAAAUAACCAAGGAUUACCAAGCAAGUGACUUCAAGAAAGAAAAUUUACUUCAUUGGCAAGUUGAAUGAGAGCCAAAAAAAACAGCAAUUACAUUUCUGACGUCCGAAUGUUCAUAUGGUUGGUAAUAACUGGCCUCGAAAUUUCAAGCUUGUUUUUGUUUUCCCCUCUAAGCACAUGAAUUCAUAACUGCCAGACUCCAGUACUCCCAGGGUAGAAGUAGCGCGCAUGUCCAGCGCACUGGAUUGUGGGUUCAAGUAAGGAAGUAAAAUGGCGGAUCUUGCAAACGAAGAGAAACCUGCCAUAGCACCACCAGUAUUUGUGUUCCAGAAGGAUAAAGCACAGAAGAGAUCAGCUGGUGGAUCCAGUGCAGAAGAUGGGGAAGAUUCAGACAAAGACGAUGAUGAUUACUGUCCUGCUGUGAAAAGAGAAAGAACAUCAUCUUUAACGCAAUUCCCACCUUCUCAUUCUGUGUCAAAGAAUAAUGUGUUCAUGCCCUCCAAUUUCUGCCAGUCUCCAACUGGAAACUCUGACUCAGAACCAGAGGAAAAGACAGUUGGAUUUCGGCUGAAGCCGCCAACCUUGAUCCACGGACAGGCGCCAAGCGCAGGCGUCCCCAGCCAGAAGCCCAAGGAGCAGCAGCGUAGCGUGCUCCGCCCGGCGCUGCUCCAGGCCCCGGCCCCCAAGCCUUUCGCCCAGUCCAAUUCCAGCAGCGGGACGAAUGGCGUGAAUAAGUCAUUGGACAGCACCGCAGAGGAGCAGCAGGCCUCUCGGAAUAGCACGGAGAAGUCCGACGGCGUCGUGGAGGAGACGGUCAACUCGCCGGCGAACGCUGAUCUGGAGGCUGGCCUGGCCAGCGCGAGGGACGAGGACAGGGACCCGAAGACCACACCCGCUGCGGCUUCCUUCGUGUUCGGCCAGAAUAUCAAAGACAGAGCAAAGGUGGAAGAAAGCAGUCCCCCUUUGGAAGCAAAAGAGGGUGGCUCUCCAUCAUCAAAGUCUCAGUCAGGGGAAACUAAUUAUUUCCUGCAGUAUAUCAGCACCCCCAGUUCACAGAAACCCGCUAACAAUGUGGAAACUGGGGCAAAGUUUGUUUUCGGACAGAAUAUGUCUGACCGCGUCCUGAGUCCCCCAAAGUGUAGUGAAUCACCAGUAGAGGGCAGCAAAGAGGUUCCAGAUGUCCCAGCUUCUGAACCUCCUCCACAGGACACUAUUCCCGAGAAGGCUAACAACGUAGCCGAGUCGCUGGAGGAGUCUGCCGCAGCGUACACUAAAGCCACAGCUAAGAGGUGUCUACUGGAGAAAGUGGAGGUGAUCACGGGAGAGGAGUCGGAGAGUAAUGUUUUACAGAUACAGUGCAAAUUAUUUGUGUUCGACAAGACGUCCCAGUCCUGGGUAGAGCGAGGCAGAGGUCUGCUGAGGCUGAACGACAUGGCGUCCACUGACGACGGCACGUUGCAGUCCAGAUUAGUAAUGCGAACCCAGGGCAGCCUGCGCUUGAUUCUCAACACUAAGCUAUGGGCCCAGAUGCAGAUCGAGAAGGCCAGCGAGAAGAGCAUCCGCAUCACCGCCAUGGACACGGAGGACCAGGGCGUCAAGGUCUUCCUCAUAUCGGCCAGCUCCAAGGACACGGGCCAGCUCUCCGCCGCCCUGCACCACCGCAUCCUGGCGCUGCGCAGCCGAGCCGAGCAGGAGACCGAAACCAAGCCCGCCGUCCCCGAGGCCCCGGCGCCCCAGUCCAACGAGGAGGACAGCGACGAGGACGACGUCAUGGCCCCGUCGGCCGGCGCCGCCCCCGCCAGCGGUAACUCGCGCCUCCUCGUCUCCGCCGCCCGCCGUCCUCUCAGAGCGCCGGCGCCGGUCUCGCUCCCGGAAGGGCCGAGGUAACGAAGGCCGCGCGCCCUGUCCCCCCCUCUUCUGUCCCUCAGGUACCCCGGAGAGCGGAGAGGCCCAGGUAGCCGGGAGCACAUAGCGCCCCCUGUGGCCUUCCUGCCAGGAUCGCGCUGCUGAGGCGCUUGGUUCGCCCGAGACCGGCGGCGUUUGGGGUGGGUGCGGAGUUCCACAGAAGAUCCCGCGCAGGAGUCCGUCACUCGCGUCUGCAGCUCAUUUUCCUCUGCAUUCAAAGUAAACCCGAGGUGGUUAUUAUUUUUUAUUUUCCUUAAUUUUUUUUUGUUUGUUUUUCGUUUUGUUUUUGUUUUUUAAACUGCAAAAUGCAGCGACUUCUUUCCCGCUUUGGUUUGGGACUUGGAUGCUCAUCAUAUUGAUGAGUGUGGGGGCGUGUGGGAGAUUUAAAAAAAAAGAAACCUUUUUUUUUUUUCCUUCUCUGGUUUAAGAUUUGAAGACUACAGAUUAAAGUACGGGACCUUUGAACUUUUUGUUCACUUCGCAAGAGAACACGCCUCUGGGACGUGCAUCCAGCAGGGCUCCCCAUUAACAUUCUCAUCUGGAAGAUGCUCAUUUGUAAACUCGCCUCUUUUCUUUGUCAUGUAACCAAGUAAUUAAUCUGUGAACAGUGUCCAAAAUACAUUUGUUGGUUUCAUAAUUUUCCAGUAGGCAAGUCAUGCUCACCGUAGAUUUGAAACCUAGCCGAGCCCCUUCUUUAAAUGGACAGAUCUCUAUUGAUUUUUCUUUUGACUAAAUAAUUCAAGAUUCAGUACUUGUAAAGACUGAAACACACACCAUUCUGUGGUGGGUCUAUGCACAGAGGAUUGAUAUGAAAUCGUAUAAAUUACACAGUACAUGACUAUCUGAAUGGGAAAGGCUCAUGUAUCCAGCAACUGAGCAGAUUAUUAUUAUUAUUAUUAUUAUUAUUAUUAUUAUUAUUAUGUUUUGAAUAAUUGAACCGUAGUGGAUUAAUAGUCAUUCUAUCAUUAAUGCUUUAAUUUUCAGUACCUUUGGGGGUAUUUUAUGUUUUUUUAUUAUUAAUGGCUGAUGCCGUAUCAUUUGUCUUUCAAUAAUAAUCAUACAACUUGGAAGUGUUUUUUUUUCAUUUCAGAUCGUUUUUUUGCAAGUAACAGUUUAUAUCCCGAAGUCCUUUUUCCUGUACGUCCUGAUAUGUCAUGUAAAUCUUCUCUGAAUAUAUUCCAGUUUACCACAGAAUACAGAUUUUUUUUCCCUAAAAUAAAUCUUAAAAUCCAGAUAAACAGAUUUUGAUUAAAUUGAGAAUGUUUUUGUUUGAAAUUGUUUAACAUUUUAUAAAUAUGUCCAUAUAUAUGUGUGUGUGUGUGUGUGUGUGUGUGUGUAUAUAUAUAUAUAUAUAUAUAUAUACACACACACGCACACUGUGUUUUUUCCCCUCAUUAUAAGGUGUUUGCCUAUAGACUAUUAGAUACUUGCUUUUGAAAGUUUACCUCUUCAAAGUAACACCUUAAUUUAAGGUUCCACAGGAAUAGUUUUAAAAGAAAUGUGCAUAUCUGGAAACAUCAAAGGCUUUGACUCUUCAGGGCUAAAUUGAGGUAAUACUCAAUAGUGGACCUAAUUUAUUGCAGCAAAUUUUAUUCAUUUUUUAAUUCUUUAAGCCAGGAUGACAGGCUUCAGUAUUGAAGUCUAAUGGAUUUCGAUCAUGGGGAGAAUGUAAAUGUAAAAUGAACUGACAAACGGCUUGUGUUAACAUCUCUCCUGAACGAGUAUGGCACAUGAAAGUUUUGAAAGUUGCAUAACCUUUGAACAGCCAGUGUUGCCAUUUUCCGAAGAGCUAUGUAUAUGUAUGUGUAUAUAUAUAUAUAUAUAUAUAUAUAUAUAUAUAUAUAUAUAUAUUUUUAUAUAUAUAUAUAUAUAUAGUACACCAGGUGGCGCUAUGCAUACUGGAGGGUAGUAAAGGGUGAGUUAGUGUAUCACAUACAGUUUUGUAUAAAAUGCACAUAAAAUCUGUGUUUAAAAGAAUAGACGAAUAAAUGGUGAAGGACAUUUCUUUAAUAAGUGUAGCUGCCCUUAUUUUACCUAUGAUAAAGCCUGUGGGACGAGUGAUCUCUAAACUGUUGUAUAAUAGUGUGCUCCUUUGCUUGCACUACAGCAAGCCUUUGAUGUUAAAAUAUGUAUUUUUAACAAAAAAAUAUAAAAAACCAAGAAAAAGGAAAAACACAAGUAGAAGUAUUGUUGGUAAAAUGUAUAAUUCCCUUAAUAUGUAUAUUAUUGAACAAACAGCCUUAUAGUGUAAAUGACUAUCCUCAUCUUUUUUUAUUUUAUAUUUUUCAUUGUCUAUAGAAUUGUCAUCAGCUUUGUGCUCAGAUUUGUUUUAAGUAUUUUCUCAAAUUCUGCUUACAGUUAUGUAGCAAGAUACAUAGGACAAUUCCUCUGGUUAUAGGGCUCACAAAUGAAUGUAUGAAAUUUUUGUCUUGCUAAGGGGGCUGUAAUCCUCUAGCACUUUUCCGUUGCUAAUAUUAUGCUUACUUCCCAUUAAUAUGAAAACUAGGUAAUGCACAUAAGCGGGGGUUCAACAUUGAUCAAAUAGCAAACGAGUCAAUGCUGUUGAGGUAUUGGAUAUCCAAUUGCCAAUGUUUACGUCGCUCUUUGUUUGUGUGUCAGUCAUUGGGAAUCUGUGGGGACGUGGUUGUUAUCCACUUUUGUGUUUAUGGUGUUACUGAGGGUUCUGUGGUGUGUCUGCUUUAAAUCACAAGGUUCUUGUUCAUUGUUCCCACAGCCUGGUGCUAUUUUUGUUGUUCCUCUUUGGCGGCGUGACCGUUUCUCACCUUUUCAAGUUGACGCUGAUCAUUUUUACACAUAUUCAGACCAACUAUUUCAUGGUGAAAACUAGUGAGCUUUUUAGUGGAGAAUUGUACAGAUUUUAUGAAAUAUGGGGUUCUCUUUCUCUGGGAAGCCUUUAGCUGCUCUUGUACAAUGGCAUCUGUUUAAAGUAAUCGGUGAGACUGGAAUUUUUUAACAUUUCAGUAAUUUUUUUGCAACUUACCAUUUUUGCUUCAAAAUGUAGCCAUGAACUUCUAGGAUAAAUAACAUUUUUGCAACUGAUUUUCUUCAUACAGAACUGAGUCAUGGUCCAUCUUUGGUAAUCUAAUGAAGUGAAAAGCAAUAUGUCAUCGCUUCAGUAUUUUUAUAGGUGUGCUCAGAUUAUGCAAGGAAUAAAGGUUAUACUGAACGUCUAAGGAAUGUUCUACUUGAUAUUCUCUCUGUGCCUCAUUUUCUCAGGAUAGUUUUUGGUUUGAGUUUGAGCUUUGUUGAGGCGCAUUAAGUGUUUUGGGUGAGUUGUCAUGGUAUAUAUAUUUUUUUUACCUGAUUGUUGGGUAUGUCUUUAAUCUCUGCAAUUAGGAGUUGAUAAUGAGCACGUGUUAUGAAGUUAAAGUCUACAGACAUCUGUCUGCCAGUUCAGCCAUAGCUUGUUCACUUGUGUGUAACACAGAUAAAAAAUCUCGGAAAGGCAGUGUGCGCUGAGCACCAAUAGCAACUGGUUGUGAGAAGAUAGUUGUGCGAUGGUUGUCAAAUUUUUUACGAAAAUGUUCAACCACAAUAAACGUAAGACCGUUCUCUUUGACUUUAUCUUCUAAUUUUCUAUGAGGGUGAACUGGGCAGCGGAGAUGUUGUAAAACUGGGUUUGUAAAGUGGUGUCAGUUCCUUUCUUUUCAUUCUUUGGGGUGUCAUUGGGCCCGCCAGUGGAUAAACCCAGCUCUCCGCUGGCCCUCUGCAGUGUGGAUUUGGUAUGUUUCUGAAGGUCUGUGGGUCAGUUUUGCCCUGUAGGCGUGGAAGAAGGUUUGGUUAGAACACUGAGGGACCAAGGGAACAGAGCAGUUGCUCUCUCGUGAGCUUAAAUAGAGCGAGAAUCUGGGCUUAAAUAAUUGACUGGGCUGGAAAGCCCCAGCAGCUGAUGGCUUUCGGGGUUUGAGGUUCACCCAUGUACAGCAGGACUACUUGCUUCCUCUUUAAUUGUAUGUGGAAGAUUAUCAGGUAUCAUAGUAUAAGGAAACCCUGUAGAUUUGUUACUUCAUUUUCUUUUGCAAAAAUCCAUACAACCUUUUUGGAUAAAAGAGAUUUCCACUGUUGGCCACUUUAAUCAAAAUUCAUUUUUGAGCCCUCUUGUUUUGCCAGGUCAAACCAACUCAACACAUUACUUUUUGCUUUGAGCUUUAGUAAAAAACAAAAAUGGAAAAAAAAAAUUAAAAUACUAAAAUAUUCCAAUAAAAAUACAAUUGUGUUUUGAAAAAGUUUAUGUAAAAUUGUCAUAUCAAAUGUAUUUGAGAAUAACAUUAAAACUUUUAACAGGA